AUGGGAAGACUUCUUAAAAGAUCUUCAAGAAAUAGUAAUAAAACCGAAAUAAUCUAUACUUCCACACAAGCAAAAAAAAUUGAGGAAGAAGAAACUCAAACGCCAGCAACAAUCACUGGCGAUACUUCUGACAGUGAGGGUGAUAAUGCCGUAGAAACAGAUAAUGAAGAACAGGAUUUCAAUCGUGAUGAGUCCGUCGAAAGG